UACACCUCCGUACGCGUGUGUAAUAUCCUUCUCAACAAACCAUCUGUUUCAAGUGUCAGGCCGAUGAGAGCGUUUCAUGCGACUGUUGUCUAAAGCUGAGUCGCGCAAACUGUGGCGGCAGCUUCUUAGUGGCCGGCGAUUUCUUAAAGAAGUAAUCUCAACACUCCUAUCCUGUUGUGCCAACAGGUAAAGUAUCUGCUGUAGAGCUUUCGGUACAGAGCGCCUGCCAGGAUGAUUCUGGCGACAUUAAAAGGCAUCGGGAAGCAGCUGCUGCGGGUGAAGGUUGUGGACUGUAACACAGACGAGUCCCGCUUGUGUCGAUGCCUCAACACGUUCGACUUGGUGGCCCUGGGUGUUGGCAGUACGCUAGGCGCUGGCGUCUAUGUGCUCGCUGGUGCCGUAGCCCGGAGCAGCUCUGGGCCUGCCAUCGUCCUCUCCUUCCUCAUUGCUGCCCUGGCUUCUGUCCUGGCCGGUCUGUGCUACGCCGAGUUUGGAGCCCGUGUUCCCAAAACUGGCUCGGCUUACCUCUAUAGCUAUGUGACGGUCGGAGAACUGUGGGCCUUUAUCACGGGCUGGAACCUCAUCCUCUCUUAUGUCAUUGGAACUUCAAGUGUGGCCAGAGCAUGGAGCGCAACCUUUGAUGAGCUGAUUGGAAAGCAUAUUGAGGAAUUUUGCAGACGGUACAUGACUAUGAACGCCCCGGGUGUCCUGGCAGAGUACCCAGACAUAUUUGCUGUCUUCAUCAUACUCACUCUGACAGGACUGCUUGUAUUUGGAGUGAAGGAGUCAGCAUUGGUAAAUAAAGUAUUCACCUGCAUCAAUAUACUGGUGCUGCUCUUUGUGAUCAUCUCUGGAUUGGUCAAAGGAAACCUGAAAAACUGGAGCUUGAACCCUGAAGAAAUCCUCAAUGCCACCACCAACUCCAGCCUCAAUGUGUCGGAUUCCUUACCAUCAAAGGAAAGUCUUGGUGAAGGCGGCUUCAUGCCUUUUGGGUUUUCUGGCGUCCUUUCUGGUGCCGCCACCUGUUUUUAUGCCUUCGUAGGGUUUGACUGCAUCGCCACUACGGGAGAAGAAGUGAAGAAUCCCCAGAGGGCCAUUCCUGUUGGGAUUGUGGCCUCGCUCCUUAUCUGUUUUGUGGCAUACUUCGGCGUGUCCGCAGCCCUCACCGUCAUGAUGCCUUACUACAUGCUGGACAAGAACAGUCCUCUGCCGGUGGCCUUUUACUAUGUGGGCUGGGAGGGAGCCACUUAUGCAGUGGCCGUUGGCUCUUUAUGCGCCUUGUCGACCAGUUUACUAGGCUCCAUGUUCCCAAUGCCCAGAGUGAUCUGGGCCAUGGCAGAAGAUGGCCUUCUCUUCAAAUGUUUGGCUAAAAUCAGCCCACGAACCAAAGCCCCUCUAACAGCUACAGUAACAUCAGGUGUUGUGGCAGCUGUGAUGGCGUUCCUCUUUGACUUGAAAGACCUGGUUGACCUCAUGUCCAUUGGCACCUUGCUGGCCUACACUCUGGUUGCUGCCUGUGUGCUGGUCCUCAGGUACCAGCCUGAACAGCCCAACGUGGCGUAUGAGAUGGCCAACACUCAGGACGAGCCCGAAAUCGUCGAGACUUACAGCGAGGGGAACACCGACAUGCUACCACAGCCGGAGGAUCGCUUCACCUUGAAGAAUCUCCUGUUCCCUUCAAACACAGAGCCGUCCCCGCUGUCUGGCUUUGCUGUCAACAUUUGCACUAGUAUACUUGGUGUUCUGGUGUGUGUCUUCAGUGUUGUAGCUGUUCAAGGAGGGCUGGCAACCUGGUCACUGAGCGUCCUCAGUGUUAUCAUGCUGGUCUGUCUGAUUCUCACCUUCAUUGUGUGCAGACAGCCACAGAGCAAGACCAAGCUCGCCUUCAAGGUUCCCCUGCUGCCCUUUAUCCCAGUCAUUAGUAUGUUUGUCAACGUGUACCUGAUGAUGCAGCUCGACAGAGGGACCUGGCUGCGCUUCACCAUCUGGAUGGCCUUAGGUUUCAUCAUCUACUUCGGCUACGGAAUCCGAAACAGCGCGGAGGCAGUGUUGACCAGUUCUGACGCCUACCCGCCAAACUGCACAAUAAAAGGAGAGCCGAUGGGCACAGAGAAGCAGGCCUUCUUCCACAACACACAGAACGCCACCGGAGACGACGACGACGACGACGAAGAUUCCUGAGGAAACGGGAGGUUCACUAAUCCACUCUGGCUCCAAACAUCGACGUGUCAAACUCUCAGAAAUAGCUACAAAUCCAGGGGAUAUACAGUAUGGAGACCUAAUAUGCACCUGUUCCCUCAGAGCUUUGAGUUGAUUCCUAAUUCCAACCAAAUAUAGUGUUUAAUUUGGUAAAAGACAAAAAAAAGAUAAAAAAAAAAAAAAGAGAGAGACAAGAUGAAUCUCCAUACGUCUGAAAACCAAGAUUUUAGCUCAAAAAACAAAUCAAGCUGUGGAGAGCAACCAAAGGCAAAACCACAGGUAUGACGUUUUUUCAAGGUAUGUACAAGCUGUACAGUACAAAUAAUCUUUUAAAUUUAAAACUUUAUUUUGGUUGCUUAAUCCACAGUAUAUCAGAAUGAUAUGAUGAUCCCCAUUCUUUUUUUUUUUUUUAAAUAACUUAUUUGAACUUGAACUUUUUGAGAGUUCAGCUUAUGUUACUGCUCUCCCUCCUUGAAAUUGCUCAACAUUUCUGCAUGUUGGCUGUUUACACAAAAGACCUUAAAUGAAUUACAAAAGCUUUUUAAUGAAAUUAGGCUCAUCUUUUCCUUUGGCAAAUUUGCUCGCGUUUGGCAGAUGUCCUGGUAAAUGUUUGUCACUCGUCUUGCUGCAUUAGUAGGCACAGUGCCGGCUACUGUGUCCAAAUCCCAUGAAAGAUUAUUUUUUAAAUCCGUAUUCUUUUAUUUCACACUUUAAUUAAUUGCAUUAAUUAAGAAUCAGCAAUUAAUAAUCCUCAAACAUAGCUGAGAAUCUCACUGUAUCUUGAGUGGCUUUUGUGAGACACCGCACAGUUGUAGAUUUGCCUUAGAGGUACAACGGUGUGUGGAAACAAUGCAUUUUGUUACUGAGGAAAGAUAUAGACAGCUGUACCUAUUUUAUACAUUGACUAUUUAGCAGAGAAAAACACAACAUAGUGUUAUAUAUAAUCUGGUACACUACUUUCUUAUCGAUAUACUGUAUCUCUCCCACUCUCUGUGAAAGGGUUGAUGUUACUGGGAUUUGUCUUUGAGCUGAUUGAGGGUUUCCUCAUGGCAGACAUUCACCACACACACCAGUGUUGUCUCCAUCAGGGAAUUGCACUUUUUUUAACCAGUUUAAAAAAAAAAAAAAAA